UCGUUUUCAAAGUUAAUCUGUACUGUGAAAACUUUAUCCAAAAACGAAGACACUAACUGAAAACGUUAUUCCGGAAUGAGCCAAUACUUUAUCUUUUUCAUUAAGAGCAAAACUGGAUCAUUUGAUCGAUUUUAACCAGUUGACUAUUCUCCCUUCUUUAAAAUGAAAGGCGCCACCGCCGCCGCCGCGAGCUCAAAUGGUGUAGAAUCACACUCCAAGGAGAAAAAGAAGAACGAGCACGGGACGGGGAGAAGGAUGAUGAUAGGAUCGGUGGCGCCGACGUGCACAUACAACGAAUGCAAAGGGUGCAAGUUUAAGUGCAGAGCUGAACAAGUUCCAGUAGAAGGUAAUGACCCCAUCAACAGCCCCUACCAUUACAAGUGUCUUUGCCAUCGCUAGCUAGCUCAUCAUCAUCAUCAUCAUCAUCAUGCCAUCCUUUUCAAGUUUUGGUGGGAUUAAUGGAGAAGAAAGGAAAAGUGGGGGGAAGAGUAUAAUGAAGUAGCUAGAUCAGAAUUGAAGUGUGUUUAAUUAUUGCAGGUUUUGUUAGAAUUUCUGCUCUAUUUUUUUUUUCUCACAUUGUGGCAAGAAAUUCAUGGGAUCAAA